AUGAUCGGGGCAUUCAUCUCGAGGACCACCUGCGAGACCCUCGUCCACAAGAUCGGGUGUGUCAAGCCCCACUCCACCAAGGAGCUGCUGGGCAUCGUCACCAACCACACCUCCGGAGAGGAGGCGGUGGUUGUGAUCUUCAAUAAGGGGAGAGGCGCUGCCAGGCAUGAUGGCGAGGGAGGAGGUGGUCCCUCUCACCACGAUGGUAAGAAGAAGAACAAGAAGCGCCAUGAGGGUGGCCUAGUGGCGGCCGCCGACCGCCUCGCGCUACCUAAGGGUGACCUCAAGGUCGACGCAAAAGGGAAGCAGCCACCGGAUGCCGAUGUCAACGCCGGGGAAAAGGACACCUUCCCCGAGCCCCGAAACUGCCUCAUGAUCUUCGACGGCUUGGACUUCUACGGGAUCCGCAAAAGGAAGAACACAGCCAGGCAGGUACUGAGUGCUGACCCCAUCAUCCUGACCUACUUGAAGUGGUCGGACACGGCGAUUAUCUUUGACAGGACGGAUCACCCCAACCACAUCGGGGCGCCCGAGAGGCUUCCUCUCGUGGUGGCCCUGAUCAUUGCCAACUGCCGUCUGUCCAAGAUCCUCAUGGACGGAGGCUCCAACCUCAAUAUCAUGUACAUCGCCACCCUGGAUGAUAUGAAGAUCCCCAGGUCAGAGCUCCGACCAACUGGGGCCCUAUUCCAUGGGGUCAUCCCGGGGAAGCAGGCGGUCCCCCUGGUGCAGAUCGACCUACCCGUCAUGUUUGGAACCUGCACCAACUUCCGUACCAAGAUCCUCACAUUUGAGGUGGUAGACUUCAAGGGGUCCAACCACGCGAUCUUUGGGAGGACAUGCUUUGCCAAGUUUAUGGCGAUCUCGAACUACACCUACCUCAAGCUCAAGAUCCCUGGGCCCCAAGGCGUGAUCACAGUCAGCGCCAACCAUGAGUUCGCACUUCUCUACGAUGUAGAGAACUGCAAGCUACAGACACAGACCAUCCGCUCCCUCGAGUUCUUUGAGAUCCAGCAUACCACAAAGGAGGUCGCCUCGGACUCCAACAAGGCCUCAACCUCGGGGGCCUUCAAGCUCACGGAGGAUGCCAAGGUGGUCCAGAUUGACCUUGAGGACUCCAACAAAGUGGCAUGGAUUGUCGCCGAGCAUGCCCUCGACAUCAGGCCGGACACCCGACCUGUAAAGCAACGCCUGCGCCACUUCAACGACGGGAAGCAGAAGGCCAUUGGCAAAGAGAUCGCCCAGCUCCUAACAGCUGGGUUCAUCAAGGAGGUCUUCCACCCCAAGUGGUUGGCCAAUCCCGUGUUGGUGAAGAAGAAGAACGACUCCUGGCGCAUGUGCGUGGACUACACGAGCCUGAACAAAGUGGUUGACUCAACCACGGGGUGCGAGGUCAUCUUCUUCCUUGACGCCUACUCGGGCUACCAUCAUAUCGCAAUGAAGGAGUCCGACCAGCUCGCAACCUCCUUUAUCACUUUGUUCGGUGCGUACUACUAUGUCAUGAUGCCGUUCGGACUCAAUAACAUGGGCUCCACAUACCAGAGGUGCAUGAACUGCUGCCUCGACCACCUGGUCGGGGACACGGUGGAGGUCUACAUCAACAACAUCUUCAUCAAAUCCCACAAGACAGAGCAGCUCACCGCCAACCUGAGAGACACAUUUAAGUGUCUUCACCGCUACAACAUCAAGCUCAACCCGGAGAAGUGUGUCUUCAGGGUGCCCAAGGGCAAGCUCUUGGGCUUGAUCGUCUCCGAGCGCGGCAUUGAGGCCAACCCGGAGAAAGUUGCUGUCAUCAAGAACUUGGGGCUGAUCACCAACCUCAAGGGAGGUCAGAAGCUAAUGGGGUGCCUGGCCUCCCUAAGUUGCUUCAUCUCGCGGCUCGGGGAGCACAGCAUGCCUCUAUACAAGCUACUAAAGAAAUCCGACCAAUUCUGCUGGAACGACGAGGCUCAGGAGGCUUUUGACAAGCUCAAAGCCUUCCUGGCCACCCCCCAACCUUGCGAAACACUAGUCAUAGAACGCGAGGAGCUCAUGCACGACCUCAAAGUGCAGAGGCUGGUGUACUUUGUCAGUGAGGUACUGUCCGACAUCAAGGUACGCUCCCCUCAAAUCCAGAAGAUGAUGUAUGCCAUCUUAAUUUCAAAGCGCAAGCUUAUCCGCUACUUCGAGAGCCACCCGGUCAUGGUGGUGACAUCGGCGCCGCUCGGGGAGAUCAUCCAGAACCGCGACGCCUCUAGUCACGUAGCUAAAUGGGCAACAGAGCUCAUGGGCUACCUGAUUAGCUAUGUGCCAAGGACUGCGAUCAAGUCGCAGGUCCUUGCUGACUUCAUCGCAAAGUGGACUGAGACCCAGACCCCCCCACACCUGACCAGCCAUGAGUUCUAG